AUGAAAGUCAAGGUCUUGAAUCGAGCGCCUGCGGCAUCGCAGCACCAACAGCGGAACCAUGACCCAGCCCUGCACCCGUUCGAGCAGGCGCGAGAGUACACGCGAGCUCUGACGGCGGCCAAGUUGGACCGCAUGUUUGCGGCACCGUUCAUAGCGCAGUUGGGAGCCGGCCACCAGGACGGCGUGUACUGCCUGGCCAAGGACGUGGAGACGACAGACCGACUCGCCUCAGCAAGUGCAGACGGUAUUGUCAAGGUCUGGGACCUGUCAACCCGGGCCGAGACGCAGCGGGCAAAAGCACACGAGGCGCGGCAGGGAAUGGUCAAGGGCAUCUCUUGGAUCAAGAAUCAGAGCGGACGGUACCUCGUUUCCUGCGGUACGGACCGGAACAUUUCUGUGAUCGACACAGCAACGGGCGCUGUGACGUCGGGUCUCGGCGACUGCGCAUUCACGUCGGUUUCGAGCCACCGGACCACACCGACGGCCGUAGUGUCUGGGUCAUCGCGGAUAUUCGUAUACGAUGUGUCGCGGCCAACACCGACGGUGACGGAGACGCUGCAGUGGCCCAAGUCGGUCGACACGAUCACGGCCAUCCGGCUGAACCAGGUGGAGACCAGCAUACUGGGAACCUGCGGCAGCGACCGCAGCCUGGUUUUCUUCGACCUGCGGACAUCAAUGCCGGUGCACAAGACGGUGCUGAACUUUGCGUGCAACGAUCUGGCGUGGAACCCGCAGGAGGCCAUGAACUUUGCCGUGGGCAGCGAGGACUACAACAUUUACCACUUUGACAUGCGCAACAUGCAGCGCUCGCGCAACAUCCAAAAGGGCCACACGGGCGCGGUGAUGUCUCUGGACUUCAACCCGACGGGCACGGAGCUCGUCAGCGGCUCCUGGGACCGCACGAUCCGGCUGUUCAAGACGGACCAGGGCACAAGCCGCGACAUCUACCACACGAAGCGGCAAGGCCGGGUGCAGGCAGUGGCUUGGUCGCCAGACUCCAACUACAUCCUGACGGGCUCGGACGAGGGCAACGUGCGGCUCUGGCGGGCCAACGCGUCGCAGCGUCUGGGCAUCAAGUCGGCGGCAGAGAAGACGAAGCUCGAGUACGACGCGACGCUCAAGGAGCGGUACCAGCACAUGCCGGAGGUGCGGCGGAUCCUGCGGCAUCGCCAUCUGCCCAAGGUGGUCAAGAAGGCACAGGACAUCAACCGGGAGAUGCUACAGUCGAUCAAGCGCAAGGACGAGAACCGGCGGAAGCACAGCAAGGCCAAGGAUGCCAAGCGGGCGUCGGCGCGCGACCAAAUGAUCCUGGCCAAUGUCAAAUAG